AUGAGAUACAUUCACUCCAACGAGACCCUUGACGUGCCGGAGGGUGUCAAGGUCGUCAUCAAGUCGCGCCUUGUGACCGUCGAGGGCCCCCGCGGCAAGCUCGUCAAGGACCUCGCCCAUCUCGCCGUCAACUUCUCCUACCCCAAGAAGGGCCUCAUCAACAUCGAGCUCCACCACGGCGCCCGCAAGAAUGUCGCUACCCUCCGCACAGUCCGCACCCUGAUCAACAACAUGAUCAUCGGCGUCACCAAGGGCUUCAAGUACAAGAUGCGCUACGUGUACGCCCAUUUCCCCAUCAACGUCAACGUCAGCGAGAAUGCCGAGACUGGCCUGUUCGAGGUCGAGAUCAGAAACUUCAUUGGCGAGAAGAUCGUUCGCAAGAUCGUUAUGCACCCGGGUGUGUCGGUUGAGGCGAGCAAGAACCAGAAGGAUGAGCUGCAGUUGUCGGGUAACUCGGUCGAGAACGUGUCUCAGUCUGCGGCUGAUAUCCAGCAAAUGUGCAAAGUGAGGAACAAGGAUAUCCGUAAGUUCCUGGACGGUCUCUACGUGUCGGAGAAGGGCAACGUUGUGGAGGAGGAUUAGAUGCAUUGUGACUGUUAGCGCGUCAAAAGGGGGCCAACAACACUUUGUUUUUUUACGCCCUGCGGCGUCCUUGUUGUAUCCGCGGCGAGAUUAGGGGGAGCAUUAUCCUUUUUUGUUUCUUGCCUUUGUCUAGAGCCAGGGCAACGGUGCUAAUGGAACUUGCAACAAACAAAUAUUCAUGAUUUCAUGGGGGCUUGGGAUGAGUGUUGUGUGUGAAUGUGGGAGGGUGUGAAUGUGCGUGUGUGUGCUUGCGAGGUCAUGUGUGAUUUGGUGAUGUGGAGGGAUGGUGAGAGCGAAUGGGGUGAGUUGGGGUUGGGGUUGGGCUGGCUGCCUCUUGGUAGUUGGAGAGGUGAGUGAUGGCAGGCCUGCCUAUCAAUCUCAAUCUUCAUACGCAUCUUCAUCGUUCUUCUUUCGCGCCGUUACCACGGGUGCCACGACCACCCACAGAUCAAACUCCACACCACCCAUGUCUUCUAUCCCAUAUCCUUAUUUUCUCUUAUUCCCAAUAUGUCUCACCACGCACAACCCCCCAACCUGGAAACCAAACACACACCCACCACCUCUACAUCAAACUCUAUUCAUCAAAACCCUAUCCCUCUGCUGUUGACUAAAGAUAAGUGUGAUGGACUAGUGUGUUGCGGGCGCUGCUUUUAUGGUACACCUUCUCAUCAUCGUCUCCCUCAAAUCUUAUCCUAAUCUACCUAUUUCUCUCUCCAACAAUCUUCAAGCGACACACUUGAGUUUGCUAAAGACACCACCUGGUAUUCUCAAAAGUAUUAGGGAUGGCGGUUUUGACUACGAAACAGUCACAGGCAGUAUGCUUCAGACUUGGGGUUCCCUCACAGGGCGUUGCACCUCCUUUGGGUUGUUGGGACGUUGUUGUUGGUGUUGCUGCUUUUGAUGUCGAGGCUGUCAAUGUUGAAGAUAUCAAUGUUGAUGCUGUCACUGUCAUCAUGCUGUCACUGCUAUUACUUCUGCCGCUUCACUGUUGCCGCUUUACUAUUGCCGCUUCACUGCUAUCACUGCUAUAACUACUAUAACUGCUAUCGAUGCUAUCACUGCCAGUAUGAGAAAGCACACAGAAACUGCAAGAAGAGAGAUAAGAGAGUUGUCUUCUGAGCGUUACCUUUGGUGUAGCCACUGCGACUGCCACUCACAGUUAUUUCAACUCCACCAUCGCCUUGUAGACCACAGUUCUCCUUCUGCCCGCCCC